CUGCGCAGAGGCGGGAGCCUUAAGCUCUUCGGGUGGCCAGAGUCUCUGUCUCCCCGAGUCAGUCUUCCCUGGAUGUGCGGCUUCUAGAGGUUCGUCGCCGGUUGGUACUGCUGAAUAUGAGACGAUCCGCAGCACCGAGUCAGUUGCAGGGGAAUUCCUUCAAAAAACUAAAAUUUAUACCACCAGGAAGGAGUAAUCCAAGUCCCGAUGAAGAGAUUACAAAGAUGAGUCCAGAUGUAAAGUUAUUUCAGGUUGCUGCAAAUAAAAAUACCUUUCUUCAGUUACAAAAUAAUCCCCAGAUAUGCAGUUUGAAUCUGCCUACUGAAGGAAGUGCUAGAGAAAUUAAUCAUGGGCAUAAUAACAGUGGGAAACACGGUCUUGAAGCAUCUGUAAUGGCAACAUUAGAUCCACCUCCUAAAGCCCCUAAAGAAAUAACAGUGCCUAAGAGACAAGAAGAGGAAGAACCUGAUAGCCUAGUUAAAUAUUUCAGUGUUGUUUGGUGUAAGGCUUCAAAGAAAAAACACAAAAAAUGGGAAGGUGAUGCUGUUCUCAUUGUAAAAGGAAAGUCAUUUACAUUAAAGGAUUUGGAAGGCAAAGACAUUGGAAGAGGCCUUGCAUAUAAAUUCAAAGAGCUUGAAAAGAUUGAAGAGGGCCACAGAGUGAUGAUUGGUGGAAAAGAAGUAGAAGUCAUGGGCAUAAUCUCUCCAGAUGAUUUCAGCAGUGGCAGAUGUUUUCAGCUUGGAGGAGGAGGCUUUGCUAUCUCAAGUGCUUCUCAGGCUGCCAAGAAGUGUUUCUCUAGCCCCUUCAGAAGUGUCUGUAAACCAAGUUCAAAGGAAAAUAGACCAAACAGUUUCCAAGAUUGUAAACCACGUCAUGACCCACAUGCACAAAAUUCUCUUGUAAUGUCACGACCAGACAGUAAUCACCAGUGGACAUUCAAUAAGAAAUGUUUUCCUAUUGUGGAUGUAGUGAUAGAUCCUCACCUUGUAUAUCAUCUUCGACCACAUCAGAAAGAAGGAAUCCUAUUCCUAUAUGAAUGUGUAAUGGGAAUGAGAGUGAAUGGCAGAUGUGGAGCUAUUCUUGCUGAUGAAAUGGGUUUAGGGAAAACAUUGCAGUGUAUUUCACUCAUCUGGACCCUACAGUGUCAGGGACCCUAUGGAGGCAAGCCAGUAAUAAAGAAGACACUUAUUGUCACACCUGGAAGCUUGGUGAAUAAUUGGAAAAAAGAAUUUCAAAAAUGGCUAGGAAGUGAGAGGAUCAAGAUAUUUCCUGUUGAUCAGGACCACAAAGUAGAAGAAUUCAUCAAAUCUCCAUUAUAUUCUGUUCUUAUCAUCAGUUAUGAGAUGUUACUUCGUUCCUUGGAUCAAAUUAAGAAUGUUAAAUUUGAUCUUCUAAUCUGUGAUGAGGGGCAUCGUUUGAAGAACAGUGCCAUUAAGACAACUACAGCCCUCACUAGCCUUUCUUGUGAGAAAAGAAUAAUUCUAACUGGUACUCCAGUUCAGAAUGAUCUUCAAGAAUUUUUCGCAUUAAUUGAUUUUGUAAAUCCAGGAAUAUUAGGCUCUUUGUCGUCUUAUAGAAAAAUAUAUGAAGAACCCAUCAUUUUAUCGAGACAACCUUCUGCUUCUGAGGAAGAAAAGGAGUUAGGAGAGAAAAGAGCAGCUGAACUUACUUGCCUCACUGGACUCUUUAUCCUUAGAAGAACUCAAGAAGUCAUAAAUAAAUAUCUUCCACCUAAAAUAGAGAAUGUAGUCUUUUGCCGACCAGGAGCACUGCAGAUUGAGCUUUAUCGAAAGCUCUUGAAUUCUCAGGCUAUCAGAUUCUGCCUUCAAGGGUUGUUGGGAAAUAGUUCUCAUCUGAUAUGUAUAGGAGCUCUUAAAAAACUGUGCAAUCACCCCUGCCUUUUGUUCAACUCUAUAAAGGAAAAAGAAUGUAGUUCAACUUGGGAUGAAAAUGAAGAGAGGAGUCUAUAUGAAGGCUUGGUAAAUGUGUUCCCUACUGAUUACAACCCUCUCAUGUUUACUGAGGAAGAAUCUGGAAAACUCCAGGUGCUGUUGAAGCUCUUAGCAGUUAUCCGUGAACUUCGUCCCACUGAAAAGGUGGUGUUGGUGUCCAACUACACACAAACCUUGAAUAUUCUACAAGAAGUAUGCAAGCGUCAUGGAUACGCUUAUACAAGACUUGAUGGACAAACACCAAUCUCUCAAAGACAGCAAAUUGUUGAUGGCUUUAACAGUAAAUACUCUUCUGAUUUUAUAUUUUUGUUAAGUUCAAAAGCUGGUGGUGUGGGACUUAACCUUAUUGGAGGAUCUCACUUAAUUCUUUAUGACAUUGACUGGAAUCCAGCGACUGAUAUCCAGGCAAUGUCUAGAGUAUGGAGAGACGGUCAGAAACAUCCUGUGCAUAUUUAUAGACUUCUAACCACAGGUACAAUAGAAGAAAAGAUUUAUCAGAGACAAAUCAGUAAGCAGGAUCUUUCAGGAGCAGUUGUAGACCUAACCAAGACCUGUGAACACAUCCAGUUUUCAGUAGAGGAGCUUAAAAAUUUGUUCACCUUACACGAAAGUUCACAUUGUGUUACUCAUGACCUGCUUGACUGUGAAUGUACAGGAGAAAAAGAUCAUGCAGGUGAUUCACUGGAAAAAUUUCCUAUCUCUAGAAAUUGUCAGCUUGGUCCACAUCACCAGAAGUCUAACUCCCUGAAACCUCUCUCCAUGUCACAGCUGAAGCAAUGGAAACAUUUUUCUGGAGAUCAUAUAAGUCUUACAGAUCCUUUUCUUGAAAGAAUAAGAGAAAAUGUGUCAUUCUUUUUUCAGAAUAUAACCAACCAAAGUACUGUUAUAUAAGGAGAAAUUACGUCAUGACUUUCCCUUGCCAAUUCUUUAAAAAAGUUAAUGUAAUAAUUAAAUGUAAUAUUUUGAAAACUAAUAGAAUUAUUUAAGUUGUAUAUUUUGUUGCAAAAUAUAAUUUUGAUACAUAGUCAA